UACGUUUUUCAUGACGGGGAUUUCCUGAGGAAGUCAGAGCAAGGGGGCUUUCCAGUUACUAGAAUUGACAUCAACAGUAUAAGGCUUACUCUGGUGUCUUUACCUUUUCCAUAUUCGAGCUGCGCAAUUUUUGACACUGUACAUUCGACAAUGAAAACAUUUGAUCACUUGGCAGUUUCUGCCGGUUUGAAAACCAACAGAAACAGCUUUCUCCGUGUAAAUUAGUCGUUGUAGCUAGUCUUGGUGUCUUUCAUGAGUGGACAAUCCGCCAAGGCUCUAUCUAUUAGCUACAUUGUUCAGAAAAACAGUGCUGGGAUCUUGGACGACGUUGCUAACUGAUUCAUGUCAUGUCAGCGGGCCGCAGUGUGGACGGGCGGGAGCAGCAGAUUGUCCUGCAGCAGUGCUUCCACCCUCCGCGCGGUGGCUUUCGAGACCACUUCGUCAUGCCGCCCGAGCCCAAGUACUGCUGUGAGUCCUGCCACUUGGUGCUGUGUACGCCGCGGCAGACGGAGUGCGGCCACCGCUUCUGUGAGAGCUGCAUCGCUGACCUGCUUAGUAAACCUAAUCCAGUAUGUCCAGCUGACCUGCAACCACUAUUUAAAGAAAAGAUAUUCCGUGAUGUGUGCUGCCAUAGAGAGAUUAUGACUCUGAAGGUCUACUGCCGGAGUGCGAAGAAUGGGUGUAAAGAACAAAUGAGUCUACAGCAGGUUAUGGACCAUUUGAAUGUGUGUGAGUAUUUUGAAGUGCCCUGCCCUCUAGGAAAGUGUAAAGAGAAGAUCAUGAGGAAAGACAUGGUUGAGCACCUGAACCGCAAAUGCAAACACCGCGAGAGCACAUGUGAAUUCUGCAAACACAAAAUGGCCCUCACGGACCUACAGAAACACAAAGAAACAGUCUGUCCUGCAUUUCCAGUAGCAUGCCCUAAUCACUGUUCAUUUUCAUCCAUUUUAAGGAGUGAGCUGUCCAGUCACCAGCAUGACUGCCCAAAGGCUCAAGUCACAUGUUCUUUCUUUCGCUUUGGCUGCUCCUAUAAGGGUCUCAACCAGGACAUGAGAGAACACGAGUCAAGCUCUGCCUCAGAACACCUGCGCCUCAUGGUGGCCAGGAACAGUGCACUAGAAGCCAAGGUGGAGAAUGUUAAAAGUGAGCUUUUGGAACGCUACAAGGUUCUUCCAAGCCUGAGUACGCGCCUUACAGAAGUGGAUGGGCAGUACGAGGAGCUGAGGGAGAAGUACCGGCAGCUGGAGCAGAAACUAGCCACUAUGCAGAAAUUGAUGAGCACUCACUCAGAAAAGCUUCUGGAGGUGGAGAUGGAGUUACGGGAGUUGCGCCCGCUGAGGGCCAUGCGCGAGGAGGUGGAGGCACUGCGGGGUGCAGUGGAGAGCAUGCGCUCAGUGGUGGCCUCGCUUGAUUCCACCCGCACUGGCCCCGGCACACACACACUGGCCUCCUUAGAGACGCAGCUUUCGCGGCACGAUGAGAUGCUCAGCGUGCAUGACAUCCGUCUGGCCGACAUGGACCUGAAACUACAGGUGCUGGAGACGGCCAGCUUCAAUGGCACGCUCAUCUGGAAGAUCCGCGACUACAAGCGGCGGAAGCAGGAGGCGGUAGCUGCCAAGACGCUCUCACUCUACAGCCAGCCCUUCUACACUGGCUACUUUGGCUACAAGAUGUGUGCGCGUAUCUACCUGAAUGGCGACGGCAUGGGCAAGGGCACACACCUGUCACUCUUCUUUGUGGUGAUGCGUGGAGAAUAUGAUGCGCUGCUGCCCUGGCCCUUCAAGCAGAAGGUCACGCUGAUGCUGAUGGACCAGGGCCCGGCCCGCAAGCACCUGGGUGAUGCCUUCAAGCCUGACUCAAACAGCAGCAGUUUCAGGCGGCCCACGGGCGAGAUGAACAUUGCCUCAGGCUGCCCGCUCUUUGUGGCACAGACCGUGCUAGAGAAUGGCACAUACAUCAAGGAUGAUACCAUCUUCAUAAAGGUCACGGUGGACACCUCAGACCUGCCUGACCCAUGAUGGGUGGCAAGGGGAGGAGCCAUGUUGACCCACCUCUGCACCCUCCCUAGUUGCUCCCAAAAUGGGCAAUGUGCUUGUGGAGGAGGCCCAGAAGGGGUGGGAAGAAGGAGCCCAAUCUGAUUGGAGGGAUGACGGAAACACGUGAGCGUUCUGUGAGGCCUCAGUGUCAGGCUUAUGCUCCCGAAAUGGUCAACUUUAGUGUCCCCCUUCUUGGCGGACUGACUGAGGUGGGGCCUGACCGGAUUGUGUUUGUGAGAUUGACUGGGGGUAAGUUGAGGUCUCCACAGUGAACCUGAAAGAGCAAGUGAUGUUGCAACUCUAGACAAAAGUAAGAGUCAGCAUCUGAUUUGAUCUAUGGUAAGGGAAAGAAAAUGACACAGUAUGUAACGCCACCAAUGUGAGGAGCAUGACAUCACAAGGAUCCUUCUCACUGGCUGUGAGAGAUCUGGGGUGGGGGGGUUGCCAUAAAUGAUGUGUUGCUCUUAAAUGUGUUUGACAUUAGCUGAAAUUCUUUUAAUUUUUUUUAUUUUAACCAGUGAAAACUAACAGACCAUCUGUAUUGCAGGCUGUAGACCUGCCAGGCAAGCCUUCAUAUUUGAUGAACAAUAAAUGCCUUGUUCUUUGACUGUAUCCAGUGAAAUUUUGGUGGAAAUUUUUGGUGGCUAAAAAGUUUUAAGUGUUGUGUUCUUGUAGAGAAGAACUGUGUGAGUAGGAUGUGUUGUAUGUGCGGGCGAUGUGGUAGUAGACCUUUUUUUGUUUUUGUGUAUUGGUUGUAAAGGACCUGGGCAUGAAGAAAUACGUUGGGCACUAAAUAGUAACUGUACAAUUGCUCCCUCAUGAGGGGCAAAAACCUCUUUUUUUUUUUUUUUUUUUUUUUUUUUUAAAUGCAUGUAAACCUACAAUAAUUACAUGACCUAACCUCCAAACUGUGUUUACUAUUUUUGACACAUUAUUUUUUGUAAUGUUAAACCUUGAUGGAUGCUGUGCAUCAGAAUAUAUUGUUCUUUUUUAACACCAUUUGAAAUACUAGACUUUAAGCCUGCAGCAAUGCUGACAUUUUACAGUUUAAUCAUCACUUUUCAAGGAGGAGAAUAUUUGCACAAUUAUUGUUUUUGAAUGUGUGAUACAAAUGUAUAAGUAUAUAAAUAUAAAAAGUUUAAAACAUUUUAA